UUGGCUGCAGCAAAACUAAGUAGAGCAAAUCGCGUCCUGCACAAAUCCAGCUGCUGGAGCAGAAUCCGCAGGAGGAGGAGAGGGUCGGACAUGGGGAGAAAUCAGCGCUGGCCCGUCUGAGAUACAUCGGAGAUAUUGUUUAUUUUUAUUUAUAAAAGGAGAUAAAUAACCGAAAGGCCUUAAGGAAAAAAGGGAGAAAAGGAUAACAAAAUCAUUCCUCUGCACAGAGACAAACAAAAAAAGAAGCAUUAUAUACAUCAAUGGACUGAAUGAAGACUGCCUACAACGCCUAUCGAUGCCUGGUCAAGGAGGAUCUGGAUGCUUUCGCCAUGAACCCGGAGAUGACAAUGGACGGCAUGGGCGGCCUGCACGGCGCGCUGAGCGCGAGCGGCCAUGAGCACGACCUGCUGAGCGACCACAGCCCGCAUCACGCACGCAGCAGUAACACCACCACUUCCACUUCGUCGUUGCGGAUACACCAGGAUCUGGCGUCGCGCUCGGCGAUGGUGUCCGGCAUGGCGACCAUCCUGGAUGGUGCGGGAGAGUACCGAGCCGAGCUGUCUCUACCGCUCCAUCACGGGAUGAGCAUGAGCGUGCCGUGCGACACGUCGCCCCCUGGUAUGGGCAUGAGCGGCACCUAUACCACGCUGACCCCUUUGCAACCUUUACCGCCCAUUUCCACCGUAUCGGACAAGUUCCACCAUCCUCACCAUCACCACCACCAUCAUCACCACCAUCACCACCACCAGCGGCUCUCGGGCAACGUGAGCGGGAGUUUCACGCUGAUGCGGGACGACCGGGCUCUGCCGGGUAUGAACAAUCUUUACAGUGCGUACCAUAAGGACAUGAGCGGCGUGGCGCCGAGCCUAAGCCCACUCGGUAACGGCUUAGGGUCGGUGCACGGCGCGCAGCAGAGCCUGCACGGCUACGGCGGCAACACCGGCGCCGGCCACGAUAAAAUGCUGGGCUCCAACUUUGACGCGCACGCAGCCAUGCUGGCCCGUGGGGACCAGCAACACCUGUCCCGGGGCCUCGGCGGUCCCGUGGCGAGUAUGAUGCCGCCGCAUCUAAACGGCAUGCACCCCGGCGCCGCGGUGCAUCACCCACACCCCCAUGCGCCCGUGCUGGCGGCGUCCGGCCGGGACAGGCCGCCCUCCUCCUCUUCCUCCUCCUCCUCCUCCGGUAACGGCGGCGCGGGGGCGCAGCACCAUCAGCAGCAGCACCAGCAGCAGCUCGAGGAGAUCAACACCAAGGAAGUGGCGCAGCGCAUUACAGCAGAGCUGAAGCGAUACAGUAUCCCGCAGGCCAUUUUCGCUCAGCGAGUGUUAUGCCGCUCGCAAGGCACGUUGUCCGACCUGCUGCGCAACCCCAAGCCGUGGAGUAAACUUAAAUCGGGCCGGGAGACCUUCCGUCGCAUGUGGAAGUGGCUGCAGGAGCCCGAGUUUCAGAGGAUGUCCGCGCUAAGGCUUGCAGCACUGUAUCUGUAUCUCGCCAUCUGUGAUCGAUUAACUGUCACCUUCGCAUCCCGCCAUGACGGACAAGCAGUUUCGUUUUCAGCCUGAGUUUACUGACGCGGAUCGGAUCGGAUCGGACCGGAUCGGACCGGACCGGACGGGGCAACACGUUAACGGAGAUCGACGUAAAACUCACCAAAGAUUUUUAAGAAAACAAAAAAAAAGAUGAAAACAAACCAACAAACCAACAGAAACCACGGACGCUGAGAGACCGUUUGUUCAUUGCUUCACUCGUAGAAGGAUAACAGAGGAUUCCCUUAAACACUAGCUGCUUCCAAGACUGACUCGUGUGCGUGUACAAAAAGUCUUUCUAUUUCUAUAGUGAGAACCAAAGAGGCUACCUCACUGAAUUUUCCAUUUGUAAUUUUAAUCGUGUUGAUGAAACCAAAGAUACCAAAGAUUUUUUUUCUCCCUCUAGUACGGUCUGCGCUCGACUCCAUGCUUUUCACUUUGAGAAAAUCACCCUCUCGAAUUCAUAAAAACCAAAAUCCCUGCAAAUUACCCUACGAACUACCCCGGGACUUCAGCAACAUUUCUGUGAGCUCAGUACGGUGUGUUUCAGGUUGUCCUUCUCUGGUCAGAGAUCCCAGAACCAAAUGAACCAAAAAUCCCAGUCAGGCUGGAGGUUUUGCACAGUUUUAACCAUUAAGUUUAACAUUGUUCUAAAGUGUUUAGUAACGUAGAAACUUUUUUUUAUUUGUAUCGUUAGAGUAUUAUUUCAACGUGGUAAGGAUUUGAAACAAGCCACCUUUCUAAAUGACCUACUAACUUCAAUAAAACAUAUAAAUUUCAUAUGAGAUCAGGUUGAUUAUUUACAGUCAAAUCUUAUUUAAUGAGAAAGAUUUAAACGUAAAUUCCAACAUGUUCAUAAGUCAGUUAAUGGUCUUGUUUGUGAAGUGAACGAACAGGUUGUCGAGACUGUAGAUGGAAGCUUCAAAAGUACCAUCAAGUACCUCAAUGAUACGUUUUAUGUGUAAAAAAAAAAAAAAAAACAGCCAAGAGUUUAACAUCCAAAUAACAGGCACUUAGGAAUAUAUAGGAAUUUAUAGCAAUCAUAAAUUUCCUAAAAACAAAACAAAGAAAAUCCAAAUAACCCAAAAUGAUAUCCUGGCUAUAGAUUAAUCUGUACGAUACUGUAGCCAAAUGGUACAGAAUGGUCUAGAAAAAGGUUGUUUUAACAUUUUAAGGAUUUUCAAAAAAAUUGUUUCUAAUUUUUUUUUUAUUUCUUUUUUAAUUUCUGGUCCUUGAAACAAAAAUUUUCCCAAGUUUUCAUUCGAAUGACUGCAAUGAUCUCAACAUAUCAUCGCUGUCGGGCGGAAACCUCGUAUAUCCAAAUUUGGUCAAUUUCAUAUUUUUUCACAUAUCGAAGCUAUUGGUCAGUCCCCACGUGGGUCUGUUAUUUUUACAAGUUAUUAACCAAUCUAAAGUCUUGAAAAUAGCUCGAGCGCAAAUCUCAUAACUCCAUUGGACACUUCAACUGUCCACCUCUUCCUCACUCCGUGGGAGAGCUUCACGGCAUAUUUCUCCUCAAGAAGAGUCGCAACGAAUCAACACGUCUUCUGAGGUAAAUGUCUUCAAAACACUGGGCUCAAAGAAAAAAAAAUCUUGACCCCCGCUAGUUCUGGUGCUCGUCUGAGGACAGGAAUUUAGCGCAAGACAAUCCACUGCAACGCGGACUAAACCCUGUGUACUGCAGAUAAGGUACGGCGUUUUUUUAAUUUCCUGAAAAAUAACGGUUUUGGAGAUACGAGGUUUCCGCCUGACAGCGACAAUAUAUUUCAACAUAUAUUUGCUCCAAGCAAAGUUGAUACAGACUUUUAAAAGUUUCUUAACAUUCAUUACCAUUUACAUGAAAAGUGAGAGUUAAAAACGCUUAAAUUGUUCAAAUCCAUCUGCUUGACUCUGAAUGAAAUCUCAGAUUGAAUGUUUGUAACAAUCAGUAAAGAAAUCGAAAUUUUUUAAAAAGUUUGUUUUAAUAUUGUUUGUUUUUAUUUCAACCUGAAGAAAUCUAGAAUCUCUCCAGAGUUCUUCUAUUAUUUCUUUAUUUCAUCUGGAUAUUUUGAUAUAUAUAUAUUUUUUUUAUUAUUAUUUUUUACAAUUCGUUUGAGGGACAGAAUGACAGAAGUGCAUCCAUCGUACGGCUAAUAAAAUCUAUUUUAUAUCUAUUUAAACAAAAACGGCAUUCAAUAAUCUUUGUCGUUUUUAAAAACUCGUGGAAACGUUAAACGUUCGUGUGCAAAACCUCUAACAAGAUACAAAUAAUCUUAUCAAAAACCAAAGAGACUGCUGACGAGAACCUUCUGGGAAACGCAGCAGAGCUACAGUCGGUGUAAAGUGUAAAGAUUGAAAGAUUAAAAAAUUGUCAUUGAAGGAAUUUUCUUUUAAGUAUAAUAACCUAAAAUCUCAAUGUAUGGGGUGUUUAAAUAUUGAAGCUGUAAAGCAUCAAGAAUUUCCUUUUUUUUUUUUUUUUUUUUCUUUAAUAUGUGAUAACCCUGGGAUGAGUGCCUUGCUUGAACCAAAGUGAAGUUUCGACCUCUCUGUACUUCUUUUUCUUCCUGCGUAAUACCUCAGCGUCAGUCAGACCUGCGCACACUGGCCAGGUUUAUUGGUGCUUUGCAAUGCAAUCAUGCAAAGAACAACAACUGAUACCAAAGGCUUUAAAAUAAAAUUCUUUCUACUCGUUUUCUCUCUCUCUGUCUCUGUCUGUCUCUCUCUGUCUGUCUGUUUGUCUCUUUCUCUCUCUCUCUCUCUUUCUCUCUCUCUCUCUCUCUCUCUCUCUCUCUCUCUCUCUCUCUCUCUCUCUCUCUCUGUCUCUCUCUUUCUCUUUCUCUCUCUCUCUCUCUCUCUCUCUCUCUCUGUCUCUCUCUGUCUCUCUCUGUCUCUCUGUCUGUCUGUCUCUUUCUCUCUCUCUCUUUCUCUCUCUCUGUCUCUCUCUCUCUUUCUCUCUCUCUCUCUCUCUCUCUCUCUCUCUCUCUCUCUCUCUCUCUCUCUCUCUCUCUUUCAUUCUCUCUCUCUCUUCCUUUGUCUCUCUCUGUCUCUCUCUCCUCCUUCCACUCAAUGGUUGCAUAGCUUUAAAAAGAACAAGAGGGGGUGAAGUAAAUAAAUAAAUAAAUAAAUAAAUAAAUAAAUAAAUAAAUAGCAGCAUGUCCAAAGCGCAGACCGUGCUUUUCCUUCACCCAAAUUUUUCUCAGAUAUACCUCAUAGAUAAUAGUGUUUAGGGUAAUGUUAUUAUAGUGUAUGUAAUAAAUUAUUCACUUGCUCUUCUUUUUUUUGGUAACUGUGACUUUACAAAGACAAACAAAAAAAAAAAAAGCUUUAUACAUUUUGAGUUGUGAUUUUUGUAAUAGUCGAAUAGGUGCGCUUACCAAAAAAAAACAAAAACCUAAUGCUUGUCUUAUCUCCUGUCGAUGUGCCGAUGAAUUUUUUUGUUUUGUUUUGUUUGUUUGUUUGUUUGUUUUCCAUAUUUUGUGGUACAAAGGAUAUUUUUGUUUGGUUUUGUUUUGUUAUCUGUGCUCUAUUUCCGUCUGUUUUGUUUCCUUAACGCUUGUACGAUCAGAUAAGAAAAUUUGACUCCAAUUGAAACCGAUGUUUUUUUUCUUUACAUGUUUAUGCCAAAAACUUAUUCUAAUCCACGCUUGUUAGUGUCAAUCUGAUGCAUGGCGAACCUUGCUGGUGUGACUAGCAUGGCCUAGCACCUAGCAUGCUGGUUUAAGCUGUUUUUUCUUUCUUUCUGUUUUUCAUUGACGUUUCUGAUUUUAUCAGUUCUUUAGCUAAAUACCUAACAGUCAUUCAAGCACUCUAGCCCUGAUUUUAUGCAUGAGUACAUUUACAGCUAGCUAGCCAUGUGAAGCAUUGUUGCUAAUAACUGUCAUAUUCAGAAUUUGUCCUGUUUUUUUUUCUCUUCAGGUGUUCUUUUUUUUUGUUUGUUUGUUUUUUUAAAUUCCAUGAAACUUAAGUUGUUAAUUAACCCACUUCAUCUUCCUCAAUCAAAAUAUAACGAUUCAGGAAUUUGACCGACUAGCUAAACCAAAGUGUAACAUCUUUAGGAUAUUUCUAAAAGUAAGAAUGUCACCCAUGCUGAAAAACUUUAAUUUUAACAACUAAAUCAUUUUAAAAUUAUUUUAAUUACACAAAUCAUCUUAACUUACAUUUAAAUCAAACCUAAUUUUUUUCAAGCCUCGAAUACAAAAAUACAGCCAUGUGACAGAAGGAACUGAACCUGACAAUCUAGUCUUAUUCUAAUAACACUUCAUUUUGCUGAGAGAAGAAAUGGUCCUUUCGAAUGUUCAUGAUUAGUCCCCAGUGUAAAAAUGUACUAUCAAAUGUCCCACAGUGAUCCUUCAGGUCCAAGAAUAUACUUUAAAGUAGUUUAAAUGACGUUACGUUGACGUUCCAGCAGGGGUCCCGCAAGGCUACAGUAUAAGACCGUUUAUUUUUCUUAUUUAAAGUGAAAUAAAAUACUUGAAGUACUUUGUGUGCUCUUGAUAAUAAGAAUGAUAGCCUAAAGUGUCCGUAUAGGAUCCGAAGAGAUCCAUUAAACAAAUUUAAAAAACGUCAGUGACUUUAGACAAUAAAUUAAUU